AUGGCCGACAGUGGGCUUGGGCUUCGCCACUUCACGCAGCUCAUCAGCGCCUGCGGAGUUCGAUGGCGCCAGGCGCUGUGGCUGUUCCGGUCCAUGCCGUGCAGACGCGUGGCCCCGAACGUCUUCCACUUCAACGCGACCAUGGCCGCCUGCGAGAAAGCUUCGCAGUGGCGAUACGUCCUGGCACUGCUUGCAGAGAUGCGACUCUCGGCGGACGUGGUCAGCUUCAACUGCAGCAUCAGCUCCUGCCAGAAGGGCGAGCAGUGGCAAAAGGCGCUCCAGCUGUUUGCUGCCAUGCCAGAAGCGCAGAUCCAGUGCGACCUAGUCAGCAUCAGCUGCGCCAUCAGCGCCUUGGCUUCCUGCGCCAGAUGGCUGCAAGCCCUGCAGCUGUUUCAAGAGCUGCCUGCGCGGCGGCUGCGCGGGGACGUGGUCAGCGCCGCCAGCGCCAUCACGGCCUGCGAGAGGUCCUUCCGCUGGCAGCAGGCGCUGGCGCUGUGGGCGCUGUGGGCGCUGGCGCAGAGAGGGCGUCAGGCAGAUGUGGUGAUCUACAAUGUCACCAUCAGUGCCUGCGAGAAGGCGCGCGCCUGGCGUGAGGCUUUGGGCCUCUUGGCGCGUCUCCGCCGUCGGAACCUCGCGCCCAGCGCGGCCACCUGCAGCGCGGCGCUAGCCGCCUGCACUGCGGCGGCGAAGUGGCAGCAGGCGCUGCAGCUGCUGCUUGGCAGCUUCGGCGACCUCAUCACCUGCAACGCCGCUCUGGGCGCCUUCGCCUCCGCCCAGCGCUGGGAACUCGCGCUCUGGCUGCUGGAAGCGCUGCCGAGCCGCGCGCUACGGCCGGACGCAGUGAGCUUCGACUCCGUGGUCCCCUGCCUCCCUGAGCGCUUUGCGCACCAGCUUCGGCGUCCGCGUCUUUCGGGGAAGCGCCUGAGGCCCGCUGCUUUGGACGCGGAAUGGAGCGGCGACGCGGAUGCGAUUGACCGCCGGCUGACGACUCUGAUCCACGCGCGGGGCAAGGCCAAGCGCUGGCAGGAGGCGCUGGACUUGUUCUAUGCGCGGGCUGGUCCUAACAUCUACCUCUUCAAUGCCACCAUGGGCGCCUGUGAAAAGUCCUCGCGGUGGCAAGGCGCUUUGCAUUUAUUCGAGCGCCUGCCCAAAACGAAGCUCCGCCCAGACGCUGUCAGCUACAACUUGACGAUGAGCGCUUUGCAGAAGGGCACUCAGUGGCAGAAGGCCUUGCAGCUGUUUGCCUCUAUGCGAGUGGAAGGAGUGGAGCCAAGCGGUGUCUCUUACAACAUCAGCCUCAGCGCUUGUGAGAAAGGCUCGCAAUGGCAACAGGCACUCGCUCUGUUCCAAGCCAUGGGCGAAAAUGGCCUCAGACCGGACAUCAUUACUUGCAAUACCCUGCUGAGUUCUUGCAAGAGACUCUGGCACCGAGCUGCUGCAAUACUGGCAUCCAUGCCCCAGCACAAAGUUCGCGCAGACGCGGUGAGCUUUAAUACCGUUCUGAGCUCAAUGGGAAAUGCUUGGCAGCAGGCUUUAGUUUAUUUUGAAUCCAUGCCGAAGAAAUCCAUCAGUCCAACUACCAUCACCUACAACACCCUCAUCAGCUUCAAGGAUGUGCACUGGGAAGCAUCCUUGAGCUUGCUGUCCAUGAUGUUUUUACGCCGCGUUGCCCCGGAUGUCUUCAGCUACGCCUCCGCCAUGAAGGCCGUGGCCUCGGAACGCUGGGAGAUGGCGUGCCAGCUCUUCGAAGAGAUGCGGAGGUCGGGGAUCCAAGCCAAUGCCAUUAGCUGCACAACAGUGAUCUCCGCGUGCGAGCGAAGCACCCGGUGGCAGCUGGCAGUAGAGCUACUGGCAGCGGCCGAACGGCCCGACGUGCUGUGCUGCAACGCCGCGCUGCGGAGCUGUGACAAAGCGGCCCAGUGGCAGGUGACGCUACAGGUCUUUGAGCAGAUGCAAGAGACGAAGAUCCUUCCAGACCUGAUGAGCUACAACUGGACCAUCAGCUCUUUGCAGAAAGGCACUUUGUGGCAGGCAGCUUUGCAGCUGCUUGGGUCCAUGCGGAGUACGGACUGCCUCCCAGACUUGACCUCUUACAACGCGACCAUUAGCUCCUGCGAGAAGGACUCCCAGUGGGAAGUUGCGCUGCGGCUGCUGCAAAAGAUGCCGACCCCCGACAUCUUGAGCUUCAACGCGUGCAUCAGCUCCUGUGCCAAGGCCGAGCUGUGGCAGAUGGCCACGAGUCUGCUGCGCAGCAUGCGAAACGUGGCCAUCUCUUUGGACUUGAUCAGCUUUACCUCGGCCAUGAGUGCAGAACGCUGGGAGCUUUCCAUCCAACUCCUGGCGGACAUGUACCAAACAACGAUCUCCCCGAACGUGAUCAGCUUCAAUACCGCCAUGGGCGCGUGUGGGAAGGCUCAGCAGUGGCAGGCGGCAGUGGAGCUCUUCCAGCUUAUGGCCACUACGGAGGUCCAGCCGGAUGUGGUUAGCUUCAACAGCGUGAUCGGAGCGAAUGCGCUAGGAUUGCAGUGGCAGCUGGCGUUGCAGUGGCUAGAGUCUAUGCAAGACAUGGGCAUGGAGCCCAACGUAUACAGCUACUCCGCACUCUUGGAAGGUGUCCAAGCCCGGGAACUGCAAGGAUUCCUCAAGCUGAAGUUGCGAGGAAAAGCUGGCUGA